UAUACGAUAUCAGCGGAAACUAAUAAGCGGAGAAUGGCGGGCUCGAGGGAACGACUACUCUACGACAGACAUUCUGAAUACGAACACGAAAGACGGAGAUACGAAACCGAUCGGAAAACGGAACGACCCGAAACCACCGUUUACGAAAACCGCUACGCAACACGACACUACGAAACCAACCGACACGAAGUAAACACUACGAACCGAUAUAGGGAACGUUUCGAACGCUACGAAAGACCACGACGUAAGAACGGCUACGUCUAUGAAGAUAUCUACUCCGAUUUCGACGAAGCUCAAGGUAGACUAUCUUUAUUCAGACCGAUCAGACCUGAAUAUUUAAACCUGCCAACAUCGUACGAAUCUAAAUAUAGCACUCUACCUCGAAACUACACUUAUUACGAAGAUAGAGCCCGUAGAUAUAAGAAAGAUUAUUACGAUUUUCGAAUCGAUGAAAGACGACGGCAACCUUACGAACCCUACAAAGCGGAAGCAAUGAAACCACAAACCCAAGAAAGGAAACCGGAUUACACUGAUAGACCGAAACCGGUUAUACACUUAAAUAACGAUUCAGUACGACGAACCCCGAAGAAUGUUGCGAUUUGCAAACCACUUCGUUUAACUGAAAAGAAUGCGCGGUACUGGACAACUGAUCCUCCAGAAACCAGAGCUAAAAAGAAAGACGAACCUAAGAAGAAUGUGAAAUUCUCUGAAGUAUCUGGUUGUAACCGGAAAAUGGUGGUUGAUGAUCCGGUUUGUGGUCGCAAGGUGGUUGCUGUUAGAGAGUUGGAGGUUUCUUUGGACCAAAUGAUACAGAACGGAUACUUCGAGAAGCAUAAUAUACCGAUAAUAAGACCUGAACAGAAGCAAGUAACUGCACCAGAGCCCAACGGAAAAUGUCUUACAGGCAAUGUGACGCAGACGCCGAGGAAAUCUAGACAUCUGCCACAGGUGUUGGCAGCCCUAGCGGUGUCCCUCGCCCCUUUCUCCGCGGGCCUGGGCAAGGGCUACAGUUCGCCUGCGAUCGCGUCCCUACAAGGCCCUGCUAAUGCCACACGAAGGGACUUCCAGAUCACAGACCAACAGGCGUCUUGGCUCGCCUCAUUGUCGUUUCUAGGAGCAUUGUUCGGGGGCAUGGCUGGGGGCGCUGCGAUGCGCCACGGGCGACGCCGCGUGCUGUCGCUAGCGGCGGCGCCGUGCAGCGUGUCCUGGUUGUUGACGGUAGUAGCGACAUCUGUUCGAAUGAUGUGUGUCACUGCUUUCCUCGGAGGCUUCUGUUGUUCCAUACUCACUAUGUUAUCUCAGGUCUAUAUCAGCGAGAUAUCAGUACCAGAUAUCCGAGGCUGUUUGAGUGCUGUUCUGAAAAUCGUCGGCCAUCUUGGAGUACUCUUCAGUUUCACUAUAGGAGCCUACUUGGACUGGCAACAGCUCGCCCUCUGCAUUUCCGCUGCACCUCUACUUCUCUUCUGCACCAUCCUCUAUAUACCAGAAACACCAAGCUACCUGGUCCUGACAGGUAAGGAUGAAGAAGCGUACAAAAGUCUACUAUGGUUGCGUGGCCCGAACUCAGAUGUGGCCCAAGAACUAGCAACCAUAAGAACGAAUGUUUUAGCAUCGAAGAAUUUCAGCCAACGGCAGAAUCAAAUGUCAAGCAGUCAGUUUAUAAACUCCCUUGAUGUUAGAACUAUGAAUAGAUUGUUAGGACCGAUUCUAGUGACUUGUGGACUGAUGACUUUUCAAAGAUUUUCAGGCGCUCAUGCGUUUUCUUUCUACGCUGUACCGAUAUUUAGAAAGACAUUCGGUGGUAUGAACCCUCACGGUGCUGCUAUCGCCGUCUCUUUUGUGCAAUUAUUAGCUUCUUGUCUAUCCGGUUUGUUGAUAGACACUGUUGGAAGGUUACCCUUGUUAAUCGUUAGUUCCGUGUUAAUGUCUAUGGCGUUAGCUGGUUUUGGUAGUUAUGCUUAUUAUGAAGAGGUUCAUAGAAAUCAGCGUAUACAGAAUGUAAUGUUCCAUCAGACGGUGGGCCAGAAUGAUUGGAUACCUUUGCUUUGUGUGCUAGUGUUUACAAUUGCCUUUUCUUUAGGUAUGAGCCCGAUUUCGUGGUUGUUAAUUGGGGAGUUGUUUCCGUUGGAGUAUAGGGCGUUCGGUAGUGCUAUGGCGACUGCUUUUAGUUAUCUGUGUGCGUUUGUUGGUGUUAAAACGUUUGUAGACUUUCAACAGGCGUUGGGUUUGCAUGGUGCUUUUUGGUUGUACGCGUCUAUAAGUGUUGGUGGUCUUUGUUUUGUUGUGUGUUGUGUUCCGGAGACUAAAGGUAAAGAUCUGGAUGAGAUGGAUCCGAAUUACCUGCAAAGUCUGUCUCCUAAAAGGUAAAUUGGUUAUUUUAUGCUCGGAAACAUGUU